AUGACUUGUUCAUCUGCUCUACACUUCUACUACGUUACAGAAUACAACAUUGAUGGAGUUGAACCAGGUGAAACAGUCUCAUAUUACACCAACAAGGUAUCUCAGGCAAUCUGUGAUUUACACAAAAUAAAUCGCAUCAUAUUUCAGUCUCAUUCUGAAUUAUCAAUAAUAUCAAAGAUGAAAAGGAAUAAGACAACAAGGAGUAGAAUGGGUGUCCUGAAAGGAUAUGUGAUGGAGACUAAAUGGAAUCUAGCUAUAAUUGAUAAUUAUGUUAAACGGGUGAUGAUUGAAUGGUCAAAAGUUGAUAAAUCAGUUGCCCUGAAAAAGAAGAAGAAUGAAUUUGAUGAGAAAUUAAGGCAAAUUGAUGAAUCAAAUGCAUUAUUUGAUACAGAAUGGAAUAAGCUGAAUAUUUUUCAGGUUGAAUAA